AUGACUGCUGGAAGUUAUUGCUACAUUGGGCCACAAGGGAUCGUUCACGGGACAACGAUUACAGUGAUGAACGCUGGCCGCAAAUACCUUAAUACUGAUGAUUUAGCUGGAAAAGUUUUUGUGACGGCCGGCCUUGGCGGAAUGUCGGGCGCGCAAGCGAAAGCGGCGAAAAUUGCUGGAUGUGUUGGAGUGAUUGCUGAGAUUAGCGAAAAAGCGCUGAAGAAGCGACACGACCAAGGGUGGCUUGAGAUCUACAGCACGAAUCUUGAUGAAAUCGUUGGCUUAAUUAAAGAGGCGAGAAGCGAGAGAAAAGCGAUUUCAAUCGGAUAUCUCGGGAAUGUUGUCGAUUUAUGGGAAAAGUUAGCUUUGGAAGAGGAAAAUCUCGUGGAACUUGGCUCGGAUCAAACAUCUUGUCACAAUCCUUUUCUUGGAGGAUAUUACCCAGUUGGGAUCACUUUUGAUGAAGCCAAUCAAAUGAUGACCAAAAAACCAAAUGAAUUUAAGGAGCUGGUCAGAGAGAGUCUCCGCCGUCAAAUCGCGGCCAUUGAUAAGCUGGCCAAACGGGGAAUGUACUUUUGGGACUACGGGAACGCGUUUCUUGUCGAAUGUCAGAGAGCCGGAGUCGAGAUGUUGAAAGAAAAUGCGAAAGAUGACAAAGAUUUUCGCUAUCCAAGCUAUUUUCAGGAUAUUAUGGGAGAAUCUGAUAAAAUCGCUUGUCAAGUGAUCAACAAAUUGCUGAAAGAAGACAUGCCUGAAUGGGUAAAGCAACAGUAUGUUGACAAUCGGAAAUGGAUUGUCGAAGCGGAUGAGCACAAAUUGGUGGUGGGAACACAGGCUCGCAUCUUGUACUCGGAUCAAGCCGGCCGUACCGCGAUCGCUCUCGCUUUCAAUGAAGCUGUCAGAAACAAGAGAAUUACGGCCCCAAUCGUGAUUUCGAGAGAUCACCAUGAUGUAUCGGGUACCGAUUCUCCGUUCAGAGAAACCGCAAACAUCACUGAUGGAAGCGCUUUCACUGCUGAUAUGGCCGUGCAAAAUGCGAUUGGGGACGCGAUGAGAGGAGCCACGUGGAUCUCUCUGCACAAUGGAGGCGGUGUCGGAUGGGGCGAUGUGAUAAAUGGUGGAUUCGGAAUGGUGCUAGAUGGAGAUCUGGAAACGGAUCGUCGUGCUCGUUCGAUGCUCUCAUGGGAUGUAUCAAAUGGAGUGGCAAGGAGGAGUUGGUCAGGGAAUGAUAAAGCAAAAGAAGCCAUUAUCAGAACUCAAAAGACCGUCUCCGGGCUUGAGGUGACUGUCCCGUAUCAAGUUGAUCAAGAACUUCUUCAAAACUUUUUUAAC